AUGCUUAUUUUCUUUCAAAUACAAUUUGUUAUUGCUUAAUGGGAAGUUUAUUAUAGCUCCUUUAAUCGACCUUCUUUGAUUUACUGUUCCGAUACUACUUGCCCUUUCGGAUUUAAGAAACAUUAGAGCACAUAGAGUGCCCUCUAUAAAAAUUGUUCUAAUCCAAAAGGAACAGCUUUAAUUUUGCAAGAUUCACAAAUGAGCACUAUUUCAAAUUACUAAUAUUACCCGCAGAAUCCUUAUUCAAGUAAUCACACAAUUGUAUUUGACGUAUACUACAUUUCAUAAUGGAAUAAUGACGCACUGAUAUUCGAAUAUAAAAAUUAGGCUUAUUAAUUUAUCUAUUCUACAUAGAAUCCAUUAAAAUUUGUAAACGGAGCAUGUAAUUCAGAACAAUAUGACGUUAGAACAUAUCAAAUCUCUCUUCCUUACACCAAUUAAUUUACGGAGAUUAAGUUCAGUCUAACAAAUUCGUUGACAAAAGCAUUAAUUAAAAAUAUCCAUUUUUCAUAUAUUUCUUGUCACCCUACCUGUAAAACAUGCACUGGAGUAGGUUAUAAUGAAUGUACAUCAUGCUUUUCCGAUGUAACUCUAACAGACGGCAUUUGUCGAUGUCCUUAAGGAAAAACAUAAUACGGUUCAAAAUGUAGAGAAUAUUGUUUGCUUGGAUACACAGAUAGAAGGGGAAGAUAUUGCAAGGAAUAUCCAUAGUCUUACUUCCUAUAUUUACAUUUAAUCUAUUUCUAAUAUUCUAAAUUAAUAAAUUGGGAUAUUAUUUAUGAUCCAAAGUAAUUGAGCAAUUAAAAUAAAAAAGCAGGCCCAUUAUUUGGGAUUUUUAGAUAUAAUGAAGGAGCUAGCACUAUAGUUAAUACUACUUAUUAUGUAUACCCAUUAGGAGUGUAAUUGUAUCUUUACACAUGCAAUGCAACUCCAACAAAUUCAGGGAUUUCUCUUUAUUUAAAUAAUACUUACUAUUCUUCAAUCUACUAUGAUGGUACCAAUUAUAUUGGGAACAACAUUUAUAUCUAUUAAGCCGCGACAAUAGUAUUAAGUGGUUGUUCAUCUGCUAGAGCUAUAUUAUUAUAUGCGAAUCUCAAAGUAGAAUAAGGUGGCUUCAGUUUUGCAAUCAAAGGGAACUUUACAUCUGAUAAUUCUGGAUGGUAUUUGGUAUAUGCAAUAAUGGGUAGUCCACAAUGUCCGAUUUAUUGUUUAAAAUGUGAAAAGUCUUACAUUUGUUCAUAAUGUUUCUCUGGGUAUAAACUAGUUUCUGAUGGCAAUUGCAUAAAAUAAUGUCCAAAAACUUCAACACUUUAGAACAAUAUUUGUAUCAAAUAUGAUGAUGUGACUAAAUACUCAAAAUAUCUUAUAUAACUAUUCUAUGAUUUCACUGUUCCUGACAAUAUAAAAUCUUCUUUUGUUUUGGAAUCCUCAACAAGUGAAGACUUUUAAAAAGGUGAUGAAAUUUAUUGGUCAUAUACAGACACAAAUGUUGUUUAUGGAGGAAAAUACGUCUGGGCAACAGCCAGAUUUUCGUAAAUAUAUACCAUUAAUUCACCACAUCAUUCAUUAACUAUAUACUUUGAUGCUAUCUUUGGAUACAAAUUCGAUGGUGUCACAGGAUACUUGGGAUAUUCAGUAAAUAACCAAACUGAACAAUCAGUUAAUAAAAAUUCUACAGUAAGUAUAAAUGUCACUACUCCUUCACCGACUUUAUCAAUUUCAUCUUAAUGCUACGGAGCAACCAACAAUGUUCAAGAUAAAUAUUGUGCAAUUGGAUUUUAUUAUAUUGUUGUUCAUUAUUGUAGUCCCUAUUGUCUUCAAUGUACAGAUGAAAAUAAUUGCUUAUAAUUGGAUAAUUCUAUUGAUACAUCAGUAAUAAUACUAAAUCCAUCAUCCUGCAGUUCAUCAUAGUAUUAUGAUGACUAAUACUACAGAUGUGAAGAAUGUCCUUAGAUCUGUGAAACUUGUCUUAAUGAUAUUGAAUGUCUAAGUUGUAGAUACCCUUAUUAAAUUUUUGUAACAUCAUGUGUGUUGUAAUGUAAAAUCAAUGAGUAUUUUGAUGAAUAGAAUUAGAUUUGUGAUUUAUGCAAUCCAGUAUGCAAACAAUGCCAAUAGAAAAAUGAAUGCAUCCAUUGCGAAUAAUCUAUGUUUAGAUAUCUGUUCUAUAAUUAAUGUUUAUGUUAUGAUGGUUAUUACGAUGACAAUAUCAAUAUUGAAUGUUAGGUUUGUGAUGUAUUGUGUACCAAAUGUUUUGGAUCAUCAAAUACAGAAUGCAAUGAAUGUAUCACCGUAGACAAAGUUGAAAUUGUAGGCAAUACUUGUAAUUGUAAAAGUGAAUAUUAUUUUGAGAAAUCCAAUCGGACUUGCAUGUAAUGCCAUAAUAAAUGCGUAACUUGUUUUUCAUCAUCUGAAGACUCUUGUCUUAGUUGCAGUAGCUUAGAAAACAGAAGAAUAGAUGGUCUUCAUUGUUCCUGUUAAACUGGAUAUUACGAACUGAAUGAUAUAUGUGUCUCUUGUCCAAACAUUGAAGAUUCAAGUCUUUAUUAAUGUUAUAAAUAAUGCGGUGAUAAUUCUAUCUCUUGGUUUAAUUAAGUUUGCUCGGCUAUUACAUGUUUAAUAGGAUUUAAAAACUAAGACAAUUAAUGCUUUCCGAUAUGUGGGGAUCUAAUUGUAAAUGGCAAUGAGGAAUGUGAUGAUGGUAAUAAUAUUUUAGAUGAUGGAUGUUACAAUUGUAAAUUUUAAUGUCCAAAACAAUGCACAAUUUGUAAUCAAUAUACAACCUUACCUUGUGCAAAUGUUUGUGGUGAUAAAGUCAUUAGUGGAUCAGAAGAAUGUGAUGAUGGUAAUCUUAUAUAAUUUGAUGGUUGUUAUCAAUGCAAGCUUGAAUGCUAAAUCUAAUGCACUUAAUGUAUGUACGGAUAAUGCUAUUAAUGUCAGACAUAUGGUUGGAUUGUUGAUAUUGCAUCAAAAACUUGUAUUGAAAAUUGUGGUGAUUUAAUUGUUAUGGCAAGUGAAUAAUGUGAUGAUGGAUAUAAUUUUGACUCUAAUGAUGGAUGUUAUUAGUGUAAGAGGGUAUGCAGAGAUGACUGUUUAAAAUGUAGUUCUGAUGGUUUAAAAUGUCUAGAAUGCUAAGUGGGAUAUUAACCCUUUGAUUAUUAUUGUAAAAAUAUAUGUGGAGAUGGCUAUUUAGCAAUUGAUCCUUUUAAUAGAAAUACUGAGGAAUGUGAUGAUUUCAAUUCAACAGAUUUUGAUGGUUGUAGUAAAGUAUGCAAGUUCCAAUGUUAAACAACUCUUUGCUUGACCUGUGUAAAUAAUAAAUGUCUAGAGUGCGUUGAUAAUUAUUAUUUAGAUCAAAAAAAGAAUAAAUGUAUAGAACUAUGUAAUGAUGACAUUAUUGUUGGCUAAGAAAUUUGUGAGGACAUGAAUAGUUUACUAUAUGAUGGAUGUUACAAUUGUUAAUUAUCUUGUCAAUCAAGUUGCUAGAAUUGCUCAACAAAUGGUUGCUCAUCUUGUUUAUAAGGGUAUCAAUUGAUUGGUAAUCGAUGUUCAAGCAUAUGUGGAGAUGGAUUAAAAGUACCAGAAGAAGAUUGCGAUGAUGGUAACUUAAUUCCAUUUGACGGUUGCCAUGGGUGUAAAUACUCAUGUAAUUCAACUUGUUAGACUUGUUACCUUGGUCAUUGUUUAAGGUGUCAACUUGGGUAUGUGAUGUAUAAUGGAUUGUGCGAGAAGUAACAAACUUUUAUUAAUAACAAAUUAUAAAGCUUAAACCUUGAUGUAAGCUUAAAUCAUAUAGUUUAAAAUCAACCUACAAAGUUAUUUAAUGAAUUUUGUAAGGAGGCCAUUAAUGGUACAUGUUUAGUAUGUUAAGAUAAUUACUAUUUAAAUUCUAUAACAUCCAUUUGUUAGAGUUUAUGUGGGGAUGCUUACAUAAAUGGAUAUGAAUAAUGUGAUGAUAGAAAACGUUAAAGUAAUAUCAUUUGUAACUAAUGCAAAUUAUGUUGUGGCGAAAAUUGCAAGGUUUGCUAAAUUGGAAUUUGUAUAUAAUGUGAUGACGGAUAUUUCUUACAAUUUAAAACUAAUUCGUGCGAAAGUUAUGCACAAUGCAAUUAAGUCGGAUUAUAUUACGAUUCCAUAAAUAAUGUUUGCUAUGAUUAAUGUGGGGAUGGUCUAAUAUCACCAAGAGAAUAAUGUGAAGAUGAUAAUGAUGAUCCAUAUGAUGGAUGCUAUAAAUGCAAAUAUUCUUGUUAUCCUACUUGUCCAUUAUGUAUUUUAGGUAAAUGUGCUGACAAUGGUUAAACUUGUAAAGUAGGUUACUAUUUUGAUACCUAAACGGCAUCAUGUUUUAAUGUUUGCGGUGAUGGAAUUUUGGCAAUACCAGAUGAAGAAUGUGAUAGUGAAAUACUUUUGGAUGAUGGAGAUUAUCAAUGUGUUAAUUGUGAGAAGAUUUGUAAUAAUCUUUGUGAAAUUUGUGAUUCAUAUAAAUAAUGUAUUAAAUGCAAGGAAAACUAUGAAUUAUUAAAUCAAAAAUGUUACUCUAAAGAAUUGAAUCAUUAGCCAUGCUUGAUUGAAAAUUGUGAAUAUUGUGAAGACUCUAAAUGCAUUGAAUGCUCAAUUGGUUAUGCCUACAUUCCAAUAGAAAAUGUAUGUUAAACUAUUUGUGGAGAUGGAAUCAUUUUUGGUAAAGAAAUUUGUGAUGAUGGUAACAGAAUUAAUGGAGAUGGUUGUGAUUCACAUUGUAAACCAUCCCAAAAUACCCAAUGUGUUAAUAAUCAAUGCAUUUAAAUUUCACACCCUAUGCCUUAAUUGAAAUUUGUAAAAGAAAUAGAUAAUUCCUAAAUUAUUUAUUUGACUUAUGAUCAAUAGGUAAAAUUAUCAGAGAAUUAUUCAAUUUCAAUAUUUUUAGAUUCCAUCAAAACGUAAAUUAAUAAUAAAGUUACAAAUGUAUCCUUUUCUGAAAUUAGUGCACUUGACUAAGAAUCUUAUAAAUACCUUCAGAUUGAAAUUAACAUAGGGUAUGAGGAAAUAAUAAUCAAUCCUAUAUUUUCUAUUCAUUUUACUGACCUAAAUAUAAUCAUAAAUGAACUUGGAAUGACAUCAAUCUAAGAAGAUAUCUCGAUAUAAUUAACAUCUCCAAAUGUUUUAUCUGAAAAACAAAAAUAAAUAACAUAAUCCCUUAUAUAGUUUAGUGGGUACUAAGUUAAAAUAAUAGCAGGUCUUAUUCUACUAUCAUCAUUUGGGGGAAAAUUUGAGAUAAUUCAAAAUCAAAUUGAUACUAUUUAAUAGCUUUAUUACCUAAAGUAUAUUAAUACUCGAAAAGGUCAAAACUUAAUUUAGUUUUUUGCAACUUUUAGGAUCAUUUAACUCACUAAUCUCUAUGGUUUGAUUGGAUUCAAUCCUUCGAAUGAUUUAUUUUUUGAAUUCUCUUCUUAGAAAUCAGAGGCCAUUUUUGAAGAAGAUGGACGAAAUGCAAAUUAUCUAGCUAAUUUCAUUUAAAUCUCUACGGUUUUUGCUCUAGCCUAUUUAACACAUUUGGCAAUAUAGAUUUGGAUUAAUUACUCCAUGAAUAAAAUCUAGAAUUUUUAAAUUUAAAAUUUUAAUAUGUUUCUAUUGCAAGGAUUACAAAAAGUUAUAAGAUUUUCAAUCAAAAAUUGUAGAAAUAACUUUAGUGAAUAAUUUAAAGGACUAUUUUAAUCACUCAUUUAUGAAUACUCUAUAUCUUCAUUCUUAUCUUUAAUCUAUUAAGAUUUUAGUUCAACUGAAGGAAAAUUUAGUCUUAUAUUGAAUGGAGGGGUCACCUAUUUAUUGUUUUAUUUUUUACUAUUUUAGAAAAAUUCAGAUAAAGAAUCACGCAUUGAAUUUACUUACUCAUGUGUAUAAAAGUUGCUAUUUGGAGUUAUUUUGAUUGUUUGUUUUAAGUCUGCCAUACUUUAAAUUCAAUUGUGUGCUUUAAAUGAAUUCAUUUAUUUUUACCAUUUAUUUAAAUUAAAGAGCGAUCUUGAUAAAUUUUCAUUAUUCAAAAAAUAAUUGAAGCAUUCUAAUUUAUUUAUCAUCAAUAUUAUGCUUUUGCUAAAUGAAUUAUACAAGAAUGAUCCAUUCAAGAUAAUUUAAUUAGGAUGGGCUAUUAUUGCCAUGAUGAGUUCAGUAUUAACUAUGACACUGGUAGUUGAUGUGUGCAAAAUAUUAUAACCAUUUUUAUCAAAAUUACUAGAUAGACUAAAAUAAUAGAGGCCCAUUUUUAAAAACCAUGAAAUAUUGGAUCAAAUUUAAUAAAAAAAUUUUAAGUGA